AUGGACUGCGCAGUCGAUUAUAUCCUCACCCCUCUGUACGGUCCUACACCCAACGAUAUGGACGGACCAGGCAACCACUUUUACCCAGAGGACAAGAACCCUUUUCGCCACAGACAGCUCAAUUCCUUGGUCCUAGAGCGGCGACGAUCGAACUCCUCUCCAUCCACGGCCAUCGAAGAUAGUCGCAAUGAAUUCCGCGAGAGCAUCAAGCAGCAGCAAGACAUUCAACGACGAAAGACACAGCGCACCUCAAACAGCAAGCGUCAUAGUCAUCGGAGGAACAGAGUCAAUCCUGAUGUGAUUGAUCAGUUGGACAAUGUCAACUUUAUGCAGUACCACCACGAGGGUCCGUACGAUGCGGUUUAUCCGGAACGAAAUGUCUGCAGUAAAAGGAGUCCUCUGGAAGCGGUGAAGGAUUCAAAUGAAGAGACCCUGCGAGCUACGCCGAUGUACAAGAUUAUCGACAGUCUGCAGCGACAUCGUCCCUUGGAUGGUGUGGCGUUUUAUCCGCCUGGGACGACGGAUGAGGAGGGCCACACGUAUGCAUAUACCGAGGGUGACAACAUGGUAGCUGAAAAGGAGGGCAGAUUCAUCAGAGUCCCGGGGGUUAAAAUCACCGACGAGGAUCUCAAGAACGACCCUUUCUACCUGCAAGACAAUCAGCGUCCUCCAAAACGAAUGAGUAGUCUGCGAAAGGCAUUGACCAGUCUCAAGGGUCGUGCCCGAAGGGAUUCAGCUCCUGGUUCAACUAUACUGUCGAAUUAG